AGCUUCUCUUCCUCCAUGAUGAAGGCCCCAAUCCAGGUCAUCCUGCUCCGGGCCUUGGCCUUCCUGACCUGCGCCUUCCUGCUGACCCUUGCACUGUAUGGCCCCAGCGAUCCCUUUACCCCAGGGGCUGCCCUGCCUCCGGCUCUGCCCCCUGGUGGCAAUGGCUCAGCUGUGCCAGAUAACAGCACUGCCACUGAGCCUGAGGGUUGGCGGCAGCUGCUGGGCCUGCUGCCAGAGCACAUGGCCGACAAGCUGCUCGAGGCCUGGGCCUUUGGGCAGAGCCACCAGGUGGGCAUCGUGGUGCUGGGCCUGCUUACCUGCCUGCUGGCUAUGCUGCUGGCCGGCCGGAUCAGGCUCAGAAGAAUUGACGCUUUCGCCACCUGCCUGUGGGCCCUGCUGCUGGGGCUGCACCUGGCUGGGCAGUACCUGCAGGCGGCCGCUCCCAGCUGGCUGGACACGCUCAAGUUCAGCACCACGUCCCUGUGCUGCCUGGUGGGCUUCACCGCGGCUGUGGCUACAAAGAAGGCAGCAGGCCCCAGGAGGUUCCGGCCCCGAAGGUCAGAGAAGCAGCAGUGACUGCGGG